UUCAAUUCGCCAACGGCUCAAAUGUUGGACACAACAACAAGCAACCUCACGCAUGCCACACAGUGUGGCACACCGGCCAUCGGCCUGUUCCAAGGCAUGGUCACCAUGCUGCUCCAGAGUCUACUCGCCGCCCAGUGUCGUGUGGCACCCGCCUCCCUCUGGCCACCGGAUGCAGGCGAUCAUUUGUUGCCCCAACUGCAGCGCCAAGAGCUGGACUUUGAUUUCGUUGUGAUUGGCGCUGGGUCGGCAGGAUCUGUGGUUGCAAGUCGCCUCAGCGAGAAUCCUAAUUGGCGUGUGCUCGUCCUUGAGGCUGGAGGAGAUCCCCCCGUCGAAUCCGAGAUUCCCGCACUCUCCACUGGCCUGCAGCACACAAACUUCAUGUGGAACUACUACACGGAGCCGAGUUCUCGCUCCUGCCUGGGCAUGAAGCAGGGACGCUGUUACUGGCCACGCGGUCGCAUGAUUGGCGGCUCCGGCGGCGUCAAUAUGAUGCUCUACCUGCGCGGCAAUCGUCGCGAUUUUGACGACUGGUCCGACAUGGGCAACACGGGCUGGAGCUACGACGAGGUGCUCGCCUACUAUGAGAAGUCGGUGCGUGCCGUCGGCAAUGCCACACAUCCUCAGGGCUACGUGCAACUGAGUUACUUCGAGACGCCACAAGGCCCGCCCUUUUCCAUGAUCUACGAGGGAGCUCAGCAGCUGGGUGUGCCGCAGGUCCGCGAGUUCGCCGAGUGCAGCUUCGUGGGCUAUACCCAUGUACCAGUGACAGCGCAGCACGGAGAACGUGCCUCCACUGGCAAGGAGUACUUGGGACGUGUAUCGCAACGAGGUAAUCUGAAGGUGAUCAAACAUGCGCUGGUCAAGCAGCUGCACUUCGAUGCGACAGCACAACGUGUGGAGGCUGUGAGCUUUGAGCGCAACGGACACACCUAUCGCGUGGGCGUGGCCAAAGAGGCGGUGCUCUCGGCGGGCGCUAUUGAUUCACCUGCGCUGCUGCUGCGUUCGGGAAUUGGGCCAGGCCAAGAGCUAGAGCAGCUGCAGUUACGGGUGCUGAGGGAUUUGCCGGGCGUGGGCAAGAAUCUUCAGGAUCAUGUCUUAGUUCCGAUCUUCAUGCAGCUGCAGGUGAACGAGCCGCAGUCCGAAAAGGAGAUACUCGACAGCAUCUACGAAUAUUUGUUGAGUCGCAAAGGUUCGUUGGCCAACCAUGGCACCGGCUCAAUUGUGGGCUUCAUCAACACAAACAGCAGCAGCGAUCAACGCUAUCCGGACGUUGAGCUGCUUCAUCAGUUCAUACCACGUGGCCGUCACGAUGUGCUUGCCAUGUUUUUGGGUGGUAUCAGCAUCCAGGAGCAGUAUGUACAGCAUCUGCAGCAGCUACUGAUCGACUCCGAUCUGCUCUGCACCUUUGUAGUGCUCUUGCAUCCCCAGUCCAAGGGCGAGUUGCGUCUGCGCCAAGAAAACCCCAAACAAGCCCCGCUUCUCUUCAGCAACUAUCUGUCCCAUGCCGAUGAUAUUGCAACGAUAUUGCGUGGCAUACGCUACCAGGAGCAACUGCUCGACACUGCCGCCUACAAGGCAUCCGGUGCCCAACUCACGCACAUACCCAUUGAGGAGUGCGAUGCAGGGUAUGAGUAUCGAUCCAAUGACUAUUGGCGCUGCUAUGCGAAGUACUUUUCAAUGACGUGCUACCAUCAGUCGGGCACCCUCAAGAUGUCACCGGCCAGCGAUCCGGAGGCCUGUGUCAGUCCCCGCCUUCAGCUGCACGGUGUCGACAAUCUGCGUGUGGCCGAUGCCAGCAUUAUGCCUAAUAUCGUCAGUGCCAAUACGAAUGCCGCUACCAUCAUGAUCGGUGAAAGGGCGGCGGACUUUAUUGCCAAGGACUGGGCUGCCUGACACACCCAUGACUACGUCUAAUUGUUUACCAAACAGAAAUCUCUAAUAUUUAUAAUUCGAAAGUGUCGAUAGGAUUCUUAAACCAACAGCCAGACACUCAGAUAGAUAUAAAAGCAAAUAAAUAAUGACUAGAAAAUAAAUGCGUUAGGGAAUUCAAUUAACUUCAAACCCAAAUUGUACAAUUCAAUAUGCAUUUGUAUCCCAAAAUUUGUUGUGGUAAAUUUCCAUUAUUAAAUUACACUAAUUCAAACGAAAAUAUCUUAAGUAUUUAGCAAGUUUCAGCAAGUCAAAAAUUACUUGAUUCUUAAUACUUUCGCAAUGCAUUUUUUUGGAUAAACAAACUUCUCCCAAGUUGAGAGUAUUUUCAUUUGUUUCUUGCGUUGCAAAUGCAAAUUUGAUACGUUCAGUCACGUUGACUCAUUGAAUUCGUUGAUGAAAUGCACUUCAAAAGUUCUUGACACUUGCAUUCGAAUUUGCUUUGGAAAUGGCAAGAAACUUGAAAUCAAAUUUAAAACUAUGCGAAACUAAAGCCCUUGCUUCAAAGCAACUCAGCAAUCGACUGAUUAUAAUCGACUUUGAAACAUCUUUCCUUGGGCUUUAAGUUAUUAUAAUUCGCCACAAUCAAGAGACAUGUAUUGUAAAGCUCACUUAAUCCUUAUGAAACCCAUAAUUAGUACUUACAAUGAGUGCAGGGCUUAAAUGCAACUUAAAAACUAAGUAGCUGUUAUUGACGUUUUGGCAAGAUAAUCGCUGUUAUCACGAAACCUUAUCAUAUCAAUUAUUGCGGCGCAGAGAACAAGCUUGUGAUUUAUUGUUAAUGGAGACCUCCAUAGAGCGCUGUUAACAAGCGUUAGCCUUUAAUUCUAUUUUUGCAUUCAAUCCAUAAAAUUAUAUAA